CCAAGAGAACAAGCAUGUUUGUUCCCUUCUUCUGAAGCACAAAGGAGACUCCACCUUGUUCCACGCCUUAAAUGAACAAAUUCCCUUUAAAAUUAAUCCUGUUGCUCCCACUCUGUUCUUCCCUUUUGCAUAAGUUGAUGAGUGGGAUGUGCUUUGAAGACAGAUAUUUAAACUGGGCUGCUGCAACCCUGGACCAUCAUUCUCUCCCCCUGCACACGGUGUUCACGGCAAGAGCAGGAGAGAAGCAGCUCCAGGAUGAUUGCUGUGCUGCUGUUGGUGUUUGGACUGACCCCUGACUACAUAUUUCCUGUCAGUGCUGACAUCCCUGUGGUCGCGAACUUUGACACCCCAAAGACUGUCGGGAAGUGGCACCCCAUCGGGAUGGCUUCCAAGCUGCCUGAGUUGACUCCGUAUGAGCAGAAAAUAUCACCGAUGGACCACAUUGUGGAGGUUACAGAUGGAGAUAUGAAACUCACCGCUAAUUAUAUGUCGGACGGUGUCUGCAAAACAUCAGUUCUUGUGUUAAAGCACACGGACAAACCUGGUGUAUUCAAAGUUCCCGAUGGUGAAGUUCAUGUCAUAGAUGUUGAUUUUGAAAAGUAUAUCAUUUUUUACUCGAAGAAACCAACUCAUGAGGCUCUGUUUCUGUCUGCUAGGGGAUCAGACGUGGGAGAUGAUAUCAAAGCAAAAUUCAAGAAAUUAGUCUUGGAGCAAAAUUAUCCUGAGGCACACAUCAAAUACUUUAACGUCGAACAAUGCACUCCAAAAGCUGGUUAAUAGGCAUUUCUCCAUAUAUAUUCACACCAUUGGUUAAUAAUCAGAAAUACCCAAUAAGCAUUACUUUUUCUAAAUGGUGGAGACGAUGAUGACUACAGAUCAAUGCCCCUGUCCACACACCACAUUGAUGCAGUUAGAAGAACAACGUCUUUGGGUUCCUGCCUCUCCUGAAACUAUUUGAAAAAUAAAUACAUUGCUUAGAUCUUGCA